GCCGAAGGAGGCGAGGAUUUGGGUACACGCGAUUCACGAUAGGGGAAGAUACCUACAUGGCGUGCCCAUGUGCCAGCAGCACCUGUUGCGGCUGCGUCUUCUCGCGGAUCGUGACGAUGCAUGAUUUCGUGAGCGGGGUUCGGCUCGAGGAGCGCGCGGCAGCAGCAAGGGUCGGGGGCUCAGUGUCCGAUUGCUUGAUUCGAGGUGGUGGAAGACUUCGACUAACAAACUUGAAUUCGGUUCCAUCGGUCAUCUUAUGCCCCGCGCCUCCUCUUGUGCCCGCUGCACUAUAAGAGCCUCGUCUGGCGACCGCCACUGAUGUGUGAGCUCAAGAGUUCAUCCGAAAUCCAGCACCAGCCCGCAUUCUGACCGACCGUCCUCUACCUCCUCCUAGGCACUUUUGGUUGCUCCUCCUCCUCCACCAACAACAACAUAAUCCAACCAAGUCCAGCAGCACGCAGCACGCAGCAGCCUCCAGUCUCCUCAGACUUUAGACCUGCUCGCUCUCUCUCACCUCUGCUUGUAAACUUGCGUGAGUUGCCAGGAGUGAUGUCGAAGUGGUAUGGAUCAGUGUCGGAUACAGUCUCGGUCUCCAUAGACCGAGUGUGGGAGGUAGCCGAGUUCGGGAACUUGUCCAGAUGGGACCCGUCGUCGAUCGAGAGCAGCGACAUCGUGUGGGGCGACGGCUGCAGCGAGGGCUCCAUCCGCUGCGUCGUCUUCAGGUACUCCGAUGGCUCGCCCGGCUCGCUGUACGAGCGAAUCACCGAGUACGACCCCUACGACUACACGUACACGUACGUUCUGGACGAGAACCCCUUCGGCUACGAAAACUACGAAUCUACCUUCAGCCUGGAUGACUGUGGCGAUGGCCGCACCACUGUCAACUGGUCCUUCGAGCUGGACCCCAUGGACGACUACUCGCGCGACAACAUCGUCGGCCACAUCGAGGACGUGUUCCAGCGGCGCAUUUCUCUGCUCGAAACCGCCGCUUAUGAUUGAUAAUCAGCCGACAGAGAACUACUCUCCCGCCAGCUCCUGCUCGGGAGGGCCGCAGAAUGACAAAUAUGUGUAAUCAUAGUCGUCCUAUAGUCAGUCAGUCAGUCAAUCAGUCAGUCAGUCCCAGAAAACGAGAGUGUGAGAGAUGAGAGAGAGAGAGAGAGAGAGAGAGAGGGAGAGGAGAGGAAGUCGGAAAAUUCAGCGCCGGGGAGAGAAAAAAUGUGAAGAACCCAGCAGGUGAAUCAAUGCAGCGCUUACUAAUCGACCCACAGGAACGCAGGUGUUUUUUUCGCACACGACUCAGAAGGAGAAGACCAUCUAUCAAGCAAAUUUUUUAGUGAAUUCGACCACACAUGACCACGAAAGGCAUUUCGACGCGCGAAUUCCUCUGAUCAU